GCCACGGCCGCCGCCCGCCUGGCCGCAGCUGAGCGCCGCGCACGCCCGCACUCACUCCCGCCACCCCACGCACACGCACACCCCCCCCCCCGCCCUCCCCACGCCCCCCGCCCCAGGAGGGGGGAGAGAGGCAAAAAGUAAGAGAGGAAAAAAAAUAGCAGGAAGAUGGCGCCCACCAAGCCCAGCUUUCAGCAGGAUCCUUCCAGGCGAGAACGAAUAACUGCCCAGCAUCCUCUGCCCAACCAAUCAGAAUGUAGGAAAAUCUACAGAUAUGACGGAAUCUACUGUGAAUCUACCUACCAGAAUUUACAAGCAUUGAGAAAGGAGAAGUCCCGGGAUGCUGCUCGCUCCCGCCGGGGAAAAGAAAACUUUGAGUUCUAUGAACUGGCCAAGCUGUUGCCUCUUCCUGCAGCCAUCACUAGCCAGCUUGACAAGGCCUCCAUCAUUCGACUUACAAUUAGCUAUCUGAAAAUGAGAGACUUUGCUAACCAGGGGGACCCUCCAUGGAACUUGCGAAUGGAAGGCCCUCCACCUAACACGUCAGUAAAAGGGAUACAAAUGUGGAAAUCUGAACUCUGCAUGAGAAAGACACCAUGUGAAGUUAUAGGUGCACAGCGAAGGAGAAGCCCCAGUGCACUGGCCAUUGAAGUAUUUGAAGCACAUUUGGGAAGUCACAUUUUGCAGUCCCUGGAUGGCUUUGUAUUUGCACUAAAUCAAGAAGGAAAAUUUUUGUACAUUUCUGAAACAGUCUCCAUCUACCUAGGCCUCUCGCAAGUGGAGCUGACAGGCAGCAGCGUCUUUGACUAUGUCCACCCCGGGGACCACGUGGAGAUGGCAGAGCAGCUGGGCAUGAAGCUCCCGCCCGGGCGGGGUCUCCUCUCGCAGGGCACCGCUGAAGAUGGAACCAGCUCAGCGUCUUCCUCCUCCCACUCAGAAACCCCAGAGCCAGUGGAAUCAACCAGCCCCAGUCUGCUAACCACUGACAACACCCUUGAGCGUUCGUUUUUCAUCCGAAUGAAAUCUACUCUGACCAAACGUGGCGUGCACAUCAAAUCAUCAGGAUAUAAGGUGAUUCACAUAACAGGCCGGCUACGACUGAGGGUGUCGCUGUCCCACGGGAGGACCGUCCCCAGCCAAAUCAUGGGUCUCGUGGUUGUGGCUCAUGCCUUGCCUCCCCCUACGAUCAAUGAAGUCAGAAUUGACUGCCAUAUGUUCGUCACUCGAGUAAAUAUGGACCUCAAUAUCAUUUACUGUGAAAAUAGGAUUAGUGAUUAUAUGGAUCUGACUCCCGUAGACAUUGUAGGGAAAAGAUGCUACCACUUCAUCCAUGCUGAAGACGUCGAGGGCAUCAGGCACAGUCACUUGGACUUGCUGAAUAAGGGCCAGUGUGUGACAAAGUACUAUCGUUGGAUGCAGAAGAAUGGAGGAUAUAUUUGGAUACAGUCUAGUGCCACAAUAGCUAUUAAUGCCAAGAACGCAAAUGAGAAGAACAUCAUCUGGGUGAAUUAUCUUCUGAGCAACCCCGAGUACAAGGACACGCCAAUGGACAUCGCACAGCUUCCCCACCUGCCGGAGAAAACUUCGGAAUCCUCAGAGACCUCCGACUCUGAGUCAGACUCUAAAGACACCUCAGGUAUUACAGAGGACAACGAGAACUCCAAGUCCGACGAGAAGGGGAACCAGUCCGAGAACAGCGAAGACCCGGAGCCCGACCGCAAGAAGUCGGGCAACACGUGCGACAACGACAUGAACUGCAACGACGACGGCCACAGCUCCAGCAACCCGGACAGCCGCGACAGCGACGACAGCUUCGAGCACUCGGACUUUGAGAACCCCAAGGCGGCCGAGGACGGCGGCGGCUUCGGCGCGCUGGGCCCCAUGCAGAUCAAGGUCGAGCGCUACGUGGAGAGCGAGUCGGACCUGCGGCUGCAGAACUGCGAGUCGCUGUCGUCGGACAGCGCCAAGGACUCGGACAGCGCGGGCGAGGCGGGCGCGCAGGCCUCCAGCAAGCACCAGAAGCGCAAGAAGAGGCGGAAACGGCAGAAGGGCGGCAGCGCCAGCCGCCGGCGCCUGUCCAGCGCGUCGAGCCCCGGCGGCCUGGACGCGGGCCUGGUGGAGCCCCCGCGGCUGCUGUCCUCCCCCAACAGUGCCUCGGUGCUCAAGAUCAAGACGGAGAUCGCGGAACCCAUCAACUUCGACAACGACAGCAGCAUCUGGAACUACCCGCCCAACCGGGAGAUCUCCCGGAACGAGUCGCCCUACAGCAUGACCAAGCCCCCCAGCUCCGAGCACUUCCCGUCCCCGCCGGGCGGCGCAGGCGGCGGGGGGCUGCACGUGGCCAUCCCCGACUCGGUCCUCACUCCGCCCGGUGCCGACGGCACGGCCGCCGCCGCCGCCCGCAAGACUCAGUUCGGCACCUCGGCCCCCGCGGCCUUGGCCCCCGUCGCCUCCGACCCGCUGUCGCCCCCGCUCUCGGCGUCCCCGCGGGACAAGCACCCCGGGGGCGGAAGCAGCGGCGGCGGCGGGAGCGGCCCCGGAGCGUCCAACUCCUUGCUGUACACUGGGGACCUGGAGGCGCUGCAGAGGUUGCAGGCGGGCAACGUCGUGCUGCCGCUGGUGCACAGGGUGACCGGGACCCUGGCGGCCACCAGCACGGCCGCGCAGAGGGUCUACACCACGGGCACCAUCCGCUACGCGCCCGCCGAGGUGACCCUGGCCAUGCAGGGCAACCUGCUGCCCAACGCGCACGCUGUUAACUUCGUGGACGUUAACAGCCCGGGCUUCGGCCUUGACCCCAAGACGCCCAUGGAGAUGCUCUACCACCACGUGCACCGGCUCAACAUGUCGGGACCGUUUGGCGGCGCCGUGAGCGCGGCCAGCCUGACGCAGAUGUCCGCCGGCAACGUGUUCACCACGGCCGAGGGACUCUUCUCCACGCUGCCCUUCCCCGUCUACAGCAACGGCAUCCACGCGGCACAGACUCUGGAGCGCAAGGAGGACUGAGCACCGCCCAGCGCGGCCCGGGGCUCUGCCCGGAGGCAUCGUCGGCGUUUUCGUUUAGACCUUUGAUUCUAGCACUUUGAAUUCGAGCAGGUCAGCAUCUUCUCUCGCCACGACGGUCCCCGUUCCAUCCCCUCUUUCUUUCACUGGACUCAUUCUUUCCUGUAAAGAUAUGUUUAUUUUUGGCCUUCAGAGGGUCAGACGACCAGUUGCCUGCCAUUUUGUCUUCUUCCGAGAUGUGUGUUGGGUUGUUUUGCUUUCCUUUGCAUCUUUAUUAAGAUGUCUUUAAUGUGUAUAUGCCUCUGCCAUAGAAUACUCAGUCUUGUGGUCAAGAGAUUUCUCAAAUGACAACCAUUGAGUUUUCUUCGUAAAGAUCUUGAUAUGAUCAAGAUUGAAAGAGACAAGCAUAAACAAUGUGCCCUGUUUGACUAAGUCAAAUGAAAUGGGGUGGUGUUUUUGUUUUUGUUCCUAAUUCCUUUGAAAAUAGGGGGAUAGUAUUUUAGAAUUUUAUGCAGAAUUUAAUUCUCUUUUUAUGGUUAAGAUUUUAAGAUUUUCUUACUUGCACAUAAAAAUAAUUUGGGUUCUUAAACUUAAUUUCUGGCCUGUGACUAGAAUGUUUAAAAAAAAAGUUGGACUAAAUGUUAAUUACUGAAACAUUAACUUAAUUUCUAAAACCAUGGUGCUAUCAUUUAUUAAUCUGUAAUGUCUUCAUACAAAAUGCAGCUCCUGGGCUGGGUUUUGAAAAAAAUGUGUUCUGUCCUGGUCUGGAGUCCAUUGCUGCAGUCUCCUUGGUUAGUUAAGACAAAGCCCUCAUUAAUGUUUGCUGCAGGACUUAAAAUUUUUUACCUCCCAACUAACAUAGCCUCACAUUAAAUUUAAUGGGUCAGGAAAGCCCUUUUUAAAAGGGCUUUUGGAAAACUCAAUCAAACUGAUUUGAGGAGCAGUUUAGGUACAUACUGCCUUUUGUUGAGCUUUCUUUCUUUCCUUUUCUCAGUCUAACUGAGGCUAAUUUUUGCAACUUCAAUAACACUUUGGAGUAAAAGAAGGAAAAAAAUAUUUAACGUUUUUGAUUUUUUCAUUUCUUGCUAAAAAAAAAAAAAAGGAAGGUUGUA